CUCUUCUUUAAAGCUACCAGGCUUAUAACAAGAUUCACAAGGAGAGAGAGAGAAAAAGAAAAUAAAGCGAAAAGAUCCAAAGGCUUUAUUUCUUUCUCUCUUUCAUUUCAUCAAAAAUAGGAAGAUUGAAGAACUGUGUGUUCAUCUUCUUCGAUAAAAACAAGACCGUGGUGGGGUCUCUUUUUUGCAUUCCUGGCCUUGCGAUUCCGAUAAAAACCAUCGGAUUCAAAAGCCCAUUCAAUCCCAAUCCAAAUCCAAAUCCACUUGUUCUUCGCAUAAUAUAUAGAUAGAUAGAUAGAGAGAGAGAGAGAGAGAGAGAGAGUUACCUACCUUAUAGCCAUCUAUCUCUAUCUCUUUCUCUCUCUGUCGGCUUUGUCCCCUCCUGUUCUCAUGGAAGCCUCACCCAAUGAUCGUCUUCAUUUUGGCGUAAUGGCUUUCGGGUGCGACCAUUACAAUAGGAGAUGCCAAAUCAGAGCUCCAUGUUGCAACGAAGUCUUCCCUUGUCGCCAUUGUCACAACGAGAGCACUAGCACAUUGCGCAAUAUCUAUGACCGUCACGAGCUUGUUCGUCAAGAUGUUAAACAAGUGAUUUGCUCCGUUUGCGAUACAGAGCAGCCGGUAGCUCAAGUUUGCACCAACUGUGGUGUCAACAUGGGAGAAUACUUUUGCGAUAUCUGCAAGUUCUAUGAUGACAAUACUGCAAAGGAACAGUUCCAUUGUGAUGACUGUGGAAUUUGCAGAGUUGGUGGGCGUGAGAACUUCUUCCAUUGCAAGAAGUGUGGAUCUUGUUAUGCGAUUGGCCUGCGCAACAACCAUCGCUGCGUUGAGGAUUCAAUGCGGCAUCACUGUCCCAUUUGUUACGAGUAUCUCUUUGACUCUCUUAAAGACACAACAGUGAUGAAAUGCGGACACACAAUGCACUUUGAAUGCUAUCAUGAGAUGCUCAAGCGUGACAAAUUUUGUUGUCCGAUUUGCUCGAGGUCAGUGAUUGAUAUGUCCAAAACAUGGCAGAGAAUGGAUGAAGAGAUUGAAGCUACUUCUAUGCCUUCAGAUUACCGCGACAAGAAGGUUUGGAUACUGUGCAACGACUGUAACGACACAACAGAAGUAAACUUCCAUAUAAUCGGUCAGAAAUGUGGACAUUGUAGAUCUUACAACACCAGAGCCGUUGGACCUCCUGUUCUUCCUCAGUGACCAAACCAAACAUCUUUAUCACUUAUUGCCGCCACCAGAAAAGCAACCAAGAACUUCUUGUUGCAAAACAAAGAUUGUUGAUCAAUAUGAUUAUUAUUGGUCUCAAAAGCAAAGACUCACAUUUGUCAUCUUCAUGAUUCUUUUUGUUGUUGUCCUUAUAUGAUUAUAUGUUUAUUACCUACCAUUUAUAUUUGCGUGUGAGAAAGCCAGGAUAAUGUAUAAUAUACAUAUUCUUGAUCCAGGAAAAUUACCUGUGA